AUGGACUGGCACUUUGUUAGAACAGCUGCAGUGCUGUUCAUUUUUCUGGUGGUGGUGGAAGUUAACAGUGAAUUUCGAAUCCAGGUAAGAGAUUACAACACCAAAAAUGGCACCAUCAAGUGGCAUUCAAUCAGGAGGCAAAAACGUGAAUGGAUCAAGUUCGCUGCAGCCUGUCGUGAAGGUGAAGACAAUUCAAAGAGGAACCCAAUUGCCAAAAUUCACUCAGAUUGUGCUGCAAACCAGCAAGUUACAUACCGCAUCUCUGGAGUAGGAAUUGAUCAGCCACCUUAUGGAAUCUUCAUUAUUAAUCAAAAAACUGGUGAAAUUAAUAUAACAUCCAUAGUUGAUCGAGAGGUCACCCCUUUUUUCAUUGUAAAUACACUGGUGAUGAGACUCAAUGCUACUGAUGCAGAUGAACCAAAUAAUUUGAACUCAAAAAUAGCCUUCAAGAUCAUAAGACAGGAACCUUCUGAUUCACCAAUGUUUAUUAUCAAUAGAAACACUGGAGAAAUUCGAACAAUGAAUAAUUUUCUAGACAGAGAGCAAUACAGCCAGUAUUCCCUUGCUGUGAGAGGCUCAGACCGAGACGGUGGGGCAGAUGGCAUGUCAGCAGAGUGUGAAUGCAACAUUAAAAUCCUUGACGUUAAUGAUAACAUCCCGUACAUGGAACAGUCUUCAUAUUCUGCUAGUAUUGAAGAAAAUGCUCUACAUUCAAAUUUGGCCCAGAUUAGAGUAAUUGACUUGGACGAAGAGUACUCAGCUAACUGGAUAGCAGUCAUUUUCUUUAUCUCUGGAAAUGAAGGAGGUUGGUUUGACAUAGAAAUGAAUGAAAGAACAAAUGUGGGAAUUUUAAAGGUUGUUAAGCCCCUAGAUUAUGAAGAUAUGAAGAAUCUGCAACUUAGUAUUGGUGUCAGAAAUAAAGCUGAAUUUCAUCAUUCAGUUAUGUCUCAAUACAAACUCACAGCAACCGCCAUCUCUGUGACUGUGUUAAAUGUAAUUGAAGGCGCAGUGUUCCGUCCAGGUUCAAAGACAUAUGUAGUGACUAGCAACAUGGGACAAAAUUAUAAAGUGGGAGACUUUAUAGCUACUGACCUUGACACAGGUGUAGCUUCAACAACUGUUAGAUAUGUAAUGGGAAAUAAUCCUGCUAACCUACUUGAUAUUGACUCAAGAACAGGCAUAAUUACUUUGAGAAAUGCAGUUACCAUGGAACAAUAUAAAAUGCUUGGGGGGAAAUACCAAGGAACAAUUCUAUCUAUAGAUGAUACUCUUCAAAGAACUUGUACUGGAACAAUUAAUAUUAACCUUGACGGUUCCGGCUGGAAACAGGAUGAUAAAAGUGACACCGGAGGUGACACCGGAGGUGACACCAGUACUAACACAGCCGACAAAACUUCCACUGAUUACGGCGGUGGUACCAAUACAGACAGCAACACCUAUGACCAAACAGGUGGUGGUUACCAGAGAAAUCCCUUAGAUAAUGUCCAUUUUGGUCCUGCUGGCAUUGGACUACUCAUCAUGGGAUUCUUGGUCCUAGGAUUGGUCCCGUUUUUGUUGAUCUGUUGUGACUGCGGCGGCGCCCCUCGUGGGGGCGCUGGCUUUGAGCCUGUCCCCGAAUGUUCAGAUGGAGCAAUUCACUCAUGGGCAGUAGAAGGACCACAACCGCCUCCCAUAAGUGGAUCCACUGUCUGCGUACCACCGGUACUACCUAGUAAUGGAAAUCUGAUUGAAUGCAUUGACACCUCAGGGGUUUACACAAAUGAGUAUGGCGGCAGAGAAAUGCAAGAUCUAGGAGGAGGAGAAAGAACAACAGGCUUUGAACUAACAGAAGGAGUUAAAACACCAGGAGUACCUGAGAUAUGUCAAGAAUAUUCUGGAACAUUAAGAAGAAAUUCUAUGAGAGAAUGUAGAGAAGGAGGUCUGAAUAUGAACUUCAUGGAAAGUUACUUCUGUCAGAAAGCAUAUGCUUAUGCGGAUGAAGACGAAGGACGCCCAUCCAAUGACUGCUUGCUCAUAUAUGAUAUUGAAGGUGUAGGUUCCCCUGCUGGCUCUGUGGGCUGCUGUAGCUUCAUCGGAGAAGACGUGGACGACAGCUUUUUGGACACACUGGGGCCUAAAUUUAAGAAGCUGGCAGAUAUCAGCCUGGGAAAAGAAGCUGAACCAUAUCCAGACCCUGAUCCGUCUUGGCCACCUGAGAGCACCGAACCGAUCUGCCCUCAGCAGGGAACAGAGCCCGUCAUUGGUGGACACCCACCCAUCUCCCCACAUUUCGGCACUACAACUGUCAUCUCUGAGAGCACCUACCCCUCAGGACCUGGUGUACAGCAUCCUAUGCCUAUUCCUGAUCCUCUGGGCUAUGGUAAUGUCACUGUGACAGAAUCUUACACCACCUCUGGCACUCUGAAGCCCUCUGUCCAUGUUCAUGAUAACCGACAUGCAGCAAACGUAGUGGUGACCGAGAGGGUGGUUGGCCCAAUCUCUGGCACUGAUCUGCAUGGAAUGUUAGAGAUGCCUGACUUGAGAGAUGGGUCAAAUGUUAUAGUGACAGAAAGGGUAAUAGCACCAAGUUCAAGUCUACCCACCUCUUUGACCAUGCCUGAUCCUAGAGAGUCAUCAAAUGUGGUAGUGACAGAAAGAGUCAUCCGACCGGUUUCUGGCAUGAUGGGCAAUCUAAGUAUACACCCUGAGUUAUCAAAUGCCCAAAAUGUGAUUGUGACAGAGAGGGUUGUUUCCGGCUCUGGCAUAAGCGGAAUUAGUGGCCCCGCUGGGAUAAGUGGAGGCAGUGGCCUGGUUGGCAGUGCAGCUGGAGUAAGUGGCAGUGGCAUUGGGCAGAGCAGCCUGGGAGGAGGUGGGGGCCUGGGUAGCAGCAUGGGGGGGACAGCCACCAUUGGCCACAUGAGGAGCUCCUCUGACCAUCACUUUAGCCAGACCCUUGGAUCUGCCUCCCCUAGUACAGCCCGAAGUCGAAUCACAAAAUACAGUACAGUACAAUAUACGAAGUAG